AUGACGCUCACAGGCGGCAGUACAGGAGCAGGAGCAGGAGCAGGAAUGGGUCCAGGGAUGCCCAUGGAUAAUAGCGUGCACGGAGACGGCCGCUGCAACGUCUACCCCCUCUCUACAGAUAGAUUGGAGUGCCUGCCAUCACCAUCAAAUGCGCAGGUAGCGGUGGCUGUCGUGCUCGGUGGACUCGCCGUCGUGGCAUACACCGCCGUCGUCGCAGCCUUGCUGCUCGUCCGCAGGAGGGCGAGACUGGGCGAGAAGGAGCGCGAGCAGGAGUGUGAGUGCAAAGGCGUGGACGGGAUAGUGGGGUAG